AAAUCUUGUUUUCUGUCAUAUAUAUUUUAUAGGAAACAGAUUUAGUACAUCAAAUACAGUGUGUCUCACGGAGAAGCUUGUUCAAAGUGAAUUAACAGCAACCGAAAACCUGCAAGAUGCGUGAAUGUAUCUCUGUCCAUGUUGGCCAAGCCGGAGUCCAGAUCGGCAAUGCAUGCUGGGAGUUGUACUGUCUCGAGCACGGGAUCCAGCCCGAUGGCCAGAUGCCCAGUGAUAAGACAAUAGGGGGCGGAGACGACUCCUUCAAUACUUUCUUCAGUGAAACUGGGGCUGGUAAACAUGUACCCAGGGCUGUCUUCGUAGACCUGGAACCAACCGUUGUCGACGAGGUCCGAACUGGCACCUAUCGACAACUGUUCCACCCAGAGCAGCUUAUUACCGGCAAGGAAGACGCCGCUAACAACUACGCCCGUGGUCACUACACCAUUGGCAAAGAGAUUGUCGAUCUGGUUCUUGACAGAAUCCGAAAACUCGCUGACCAGUGCACCGGUCUUCAGGGAUUCCUCAUCUUCCAUUCCUUCGGUGGUGGUACCGGAUCUGGUUUCACCUCCCUGCUGAUGGAACGUCUCUCCGUUGACUACGGAAAGAAGUCCAAGCUUGAGUUUUCCGUCUACCCUGCUCCACAAGUUUCCACCGCCGUCGUAGAACCCUACAACUCUAUCUUGACCACUCAUACCACCCUAGAACACUCUGAUUGCGCGUUCAUGGUUGACAACGAAGCUAUUUAUGAUAUUUGCCGCCGAAAUUUGGACAUCGAGAGACCAACCUACACAAACUUGAACAGACUCAUGGGUCAGAUUGUUUCUUCCAUCACAGCCUCAUUGAGAUUUGAUGGUGCCCUCAAUGUCGAUCUGACAGAGUUUCAGACCAACUUGGUACCAUAUCCACGUAUUCAUUUCCCAUUGGCCACCUAUGCUCCGGUCAUUUCCGCUGAGAAGGCCUACCACGAGCAGCUUUCCGUUGCCGAGGUUACAAACGCCUGUUUCGAGCCUGCCAAUCAGAUGGUAAAAUGUGACCCUCGUCACGGCAAGUACAUGGCCUGUUGUAUGUUGUACCGCGGUGACGUUGUACCAAAGGAUGUUAAUGCUGCCAUCGCUACCAUCAAGACAAAGAGAACCAUCCAGUUUGUUGACUGGUGUCCAACAGGUUUCAAGGUUGGAAUCAACUACCAACCACCGACUGUGGUUCCAGGUGGUGAUCUCGCCAAGGUACAGCGUGCCGUUUGCAUGUUGAGCAACACAACAGCCAUUGCCGAAGCAUGGGCCCGUCUCGACCACAAGUUUGAUUUGAUGUACGCCAAGAGAGCUUUUGUCCACUGGUACGUUGGUGAGGGUAUGGAAGAGGGUGAGUUCUCCGAGGCUCGUGAGGAUUUAGCUGCCCUCGAGAAAGAUUACGAGGAAGUCGGAGUAGACUCGGUCGAUGGCGAGGGAGAAGAGGAGGGUGAAGAGUAUUAAACAGACCCAAAAAAUAUCUUGAAACGACUUCGAUUUUAAAAGCCUAUACCGUUUAAUACCUUUUUCCCCUUGAUCUAUACACCAGAACCUUCAUUUAAAAAGAUAAUGAUCGGUGUCCGUAACAGUUUUAAACGUUGUAAAAUACAAAGUACUGGAAGUAUGAUUUGUAACAAUUUUUAUCAGUAAACGAUUUCAAACACAAAUUGUCUUUCCUUGUCUGUAUAAAAACACGAGUUUGCCCUCAUUAUUACGACAAUGUUUUUACCUUUUAACAUUUUUGAAAAAUUCAUGUUAAAAUUAUUCAGGAAUAAAAACUUCUUUUACUAGAGAGUAAGUGUAAAUUACAUUUUCAUUCUAAGAUGCUUUUAUUUGAAAUCUUAUGAUGAAAAAUAAUCUGAAUUUCAUUUCCCAGAGUAGUGAUAAAUCUGACGUCAUGCGACAAUUUGAUCAU